AUGUCUUCCCCCACCAAUUCUCCUCCGAGAACCUACUUUCCCCUACUACGCUUCAGUUCUUUACUAGGAGUUCAUACCCUCCUUCUCUUGUUCACAGCCCUCUUCUUGCCCCGCUCAACCUUCUUGCUCUCGGCAAUACCACCUCAAGCUUCUUCUAGGGAUAAACCUCAGCAUCCUUUUCUGAGUGCACUUACAGCAGACCCUGCCGUAACUCUCGUAUGGCUUUGCCUCGGUGUAGGCUUCGUUCAAGGAUCUUGGGCGUCAUGGGUUAAACUCGAGUCGGACAAUGCACGCAUGGCCCUCUUCGGAGAGGAUGAAGAAGCGCGAUUAAAGCGUGCAAUGAACAGAGGAGACGAUAAACUCCAGGUGAGCCAAUCAAUCAUUGUUAUUGAGAUUCAAACCUCAUUAGGCGUGUUAGUCCAUGAAAGAUGCGAUAGUCUCGACUCUCGCAUGCUCAAUUUUUAUUCACGUGGUUUUAAUUCUCUUCGGGGCACCAAUUACAGAGCACGUAGAAUUGUUGAUUCUACGAAUGAUUCCUUCAUGCUAAACUCGCAACAUAACAGGCACUUCUUGAAGACCUUCCUUCUCGCGACGAUACUUUCCCUGCUGUUGGUAUUCCCUAGCGUUUAUACUCUCAGGUCUCCGUCACUAGGACCGAGCUCGCUUGUGCACCGCAUGAUGUGGAUACGACUAUUUGCUGAACUUUCACCAAAGACAGCACAUGAACGCCUGCUUGUUUAUCCUACUGUCGGUGCUGCACUUGGUGCGUGGCUCGGUGUCUUCCCUAUUGCCCUUGACUGGGAUAGACCUUGGCAGGCCUGGCCGCUAACACCUGCAUACGGAGCAAUCACAGGACAUAUCGUCGGCUCAUGGGUUUCGCUGAUUUAUAGUGCUAUCCUUUCCCUCGCUGAGGUGGAUAGGAGUAUAGGAGAAGGAAAGAUGGAUGCACGACAGCACAAACGGAUGAAACGAGGAAAAACAGCUACGAAGAAAACUAAACCCGGGGGGGGGGUAGUUGAACAAAACUAG